UCCCCUCACUCCUGUCUGUCUCCUCUGGGAAGUGUGUGCUCGUGUGUGAGGCCAGCCCUUCCCUGCCGAGAUGAGCCGCUCCUCGUACGCCUCCUCCCAAUCCUCCUCGUACCGCCGCACGUUUGGCGGUCCGGGUUUCGCCACGCCGCCCAUGUCUCGCGCUGCCUUCGCCCACAGCUCUCUGGGCGGCUCGGCUGGCGGCUCUCGCGUUAGUUCCCGCGUCUAUGAGGUCUCCAAGACAUCCUCGGCCUCACCAGGCUUCGGGAGCUACCGGGCCUCCUCCUUCAGCGUGCCCAACCUGGCCUCCGCCGUCCCGCGCUCCUGCUCCGCCGGCCUGGGGGAGACGCUGGACUUCACCUUGGCCGAUGCCCUCAACCAGGAGUUCCUGCACACGCGCACCAACGAGAAGGCUGAGCUGCAGCACCUGAACGACCGCUUUGCCAGCUACAUCGAGAAGGUGCGCUUCCUGGAGCAGCAGAACCAGGCGCUGAGUGUGGAAGUGGAGCGGCUGAGGGGCCGCGAGCCCACCCGCAUCGCAGACCUCUACGAGGAAGAGAUGCGUGAACUCCGCCGGCAGGUGGAGGUCGUGACCAACCAGAGGUCCCGCGUGGAGGUAGAGCGGGACAACCUGGCCGAUGACCUGCAGAAGCUCAAACUGAGACUUCAGGAGGAGAUCGUCCAGAGAGAGGAGGCAGAGAACAGUCUGGCUGCAUUCCGAGCUGACGUGGACGCAGCUACGCUGGCACGCCUGGACCUAGAGAGGCGCAUUGAGACUCUGCAAGAGGAAAUCGCCUUCCUCAAGAAGAUCCAUGAAGAGGAGAUUCGGGAGUUGCAAGCCCAAAUGCAGGAGACCCAGGUGCAGAUCCAGAUGGAUCUCUCCAAGCCCGACCUGACCGGUGCUCUGAGGGACAUUCGUGCCCAGUACGAGACCAUCGCUGCCAAGAACAUCGCCGAAGCAGAAGACUGGUACAAGUCCAAGGUUUCAGACCUGAACCAAGCGGUCAGCAAGAACAACGAAGCUCUCAAGCAGGCCAAGCUGGAGACCAUGGAGUACAGACACCAGAUCCAGUCGUAUACCUGUGAGAUCGACUCCCUCAAGGGCACGAACGAGUCUCUGAUGAGACAGAUGAGAGACAUGGAGGACCGGCACGGUCGUGAAGCUGCAGGCUUCCAGGAAACCAUCGCGCGCCUCGAGGCCGAGAUCGGCAACAUGAAGGACGAGAUGGCACGUCACCUCCGUGAGUACCAGGACCUGCUCAACGUGAAGAUGGCCCUCGAUGUGGAGAUCGCUACCUACAGGAAGCUCCUGGAAGGAGAGGAGAGCAGGAUUGCGCUGCCCAUGCAGGCGUAUUCCACCAUCAGCUUUAGAGAGACCAGUCCAGAACAGCAGCAAAGGGCUUCUGAAAUGCAUUCAAAGAAAACUGUCCUCAUUAAGACCAUCGAGACCCGUGAUGGAGAGGUGGUGAGUGAAUCUACACAACACCAGGAGGACAUAAUGUAGACGCAAAAGGAGGUGCUUCCCAGAAAACACAAACACCAGAUGAGUUUUAAUAAAAGCUUUAGGAUAAGCCUUCA